CCCCGCUCCCCACUCCCUCCGUCUCUCGGCAGACGCAAAAAGGGAUGAAAAACCAAACUUCUCCCGCAAGACUGGUUCGCACCAAAUCGCAUCGCCCUUCGAGUCGCCCCUCACUGAUCCCUUCGCGUCCUGCUUCCCAAGCCACAGCCCACAGCCCCCCACGCCCCCACGCUCAGCUCCUCCCGCUCCGAUUUCACAGCCUGCGAGCUAGCCAUGUCGAUUCGGCCGCUGUUGCUGCCGGAGCCGCCGGGCGAGGUGGAUCGGGCGCCGGAGAUCUUCGCGGGUGGCGUGGCCGCGGUGCGCCGCGCCGUUGUCAUCGGGAACGGCUGCGCCGGCGCCGAGAACCAGUGCCUCGGCCUCGUCCGCGCCCUCGGCCUGGCCGACCGCCUCACCCUCUAUCGUAUUAUCAGGCCAACCGGAGGAAUCAACAAGUGGCUGCACUUUCUCCCUAUCUCCUUGCAUAAAAUGGUGGACCAAGUACUCAGACAUAUACUGUCUAACACGACAUUCACAACACUGUUUCAAGGAAAACUGUCAGCACCUUAUCCUGUCAGUAAUGUUCAAUCUCUUGGGUUGUCUUCUGUACUGGAAGCAGAUUCCAGAAGGAUAGUGACAAUGGUCCGUGAUACCUUCGAGAAGGAAGGCCUGGCGAUAGUUAUUGCUUGUGGCCGUGAUACCAUACCAUAUGCAAGCUCUGUAAGGUGUUUAGCUCCAGAUAAUGUCUUUGUCAUUCAGAUACAACACCCCAGGUAUCGCCUUGAUAGGUUUGAUUUGGUGGUGACUCCUCGCCAUGAUUACUACGCUUUAACUGCAAAGGGACAACAAGGAGUACCGUGGCUUUUCCGGAGAUGGAUUACUCCACGAGAACCACCCGGUCCGAAUGUGGUCCUGACGUCUGGAGCACUUCACCAAGCAGAUUCUGCUGCACUACGCGUUGCUGCUACAAACUGGCAUGAUGAACUUGCUCCCUUGCCAAAGCCAUUGGUAGUAGUAAAUAUUGGAGGACCAACAAGAAACUGUAAUUAUGGUGUAGACCUUGCCAAGCAGUUGGUAAGCUCACUGCACAAUGUUUCAGAGACCUGUGGAAGUGUCAGAAUUUCAUUUUCCAGGAGAACGCCACAAAAGGUAGGACCAUUGGUUGCUCAUAUCUUGUUUUAUGAGUUGUGCGCAGUUAAUUUUUUGGAACCCUUUUGUUGGCAGGUGUCCGAUCUUAUAUUGAGAGAGUUCAGCACACAUCCAAAGUUCUACAUUUGGGGCGGUGAAGAACCUAACCCACACCUAGGGCAUCUUGCAUGGGCCGAUGCUUUCAUCAUAACAGCAGACUCGAUAAGUAUGCUAAGUGAGGCGUGCAGCACUGGGAAGCCGGUCUAUGUCGUUGGAACUGAGCAUUGCAGGUGGAAAUUCUCAGAUUUUCACAACACUCUGCAGAAACGAGGGGCUGUUCGUCCUUUCACUGGAUCGGAAGAUAUGUCAGACAGCUGGAGCUACCCUCCUCUGAACGAUGCCAUUGAUGUGGCUGCACGGGUUCGUGAAGUGCUUGCACAACGUGGAUGGACAGUGGGUUAAUAGCGGUCGAAGCAGAGAAAAAGAGUGCCAUUUUUGCUCCAGUUACGUUCCAAGCCCAGACAAUUCAGAGCCUGCAUUUCAGUUAUCUUAGUUGCAUCUGCAUGAGGAUUUUUUUUUUUUUGCCAUAUCACCGAUGCAAAACGACAUCGCUUCUUUUCAAAAGAUGGCUAUAUUUUUUGGAACAUACUGUGUAAAGUUUUGAGCAAUCACACACAGAUAGCAGUGUUUAUUCUUGGCAUAUUCAUGCAUUAUUGUACCUAGUGUUAUGCUGUAAAGAAGCCGAUAGAAGUGCGGACGGAAGUUAAAAAUCUUUGUCAUUGGAACGAGGUGACAUCAUA